AUGUGGAUGAUGAAAUUCUUGGCUCUUGGCCUCCUGCUUGCUGUGGAUGCAGCAGUAGAUAAGAAAGCUGCCAAGAAAGCAGCCAAAGAGGCUCCUGCAGAGAAGAAGAUCAGUGAACAUGCCAGCACCAUUGCUGACCGAAGUGCUAACCUGGCAUUCAACCUCUAUCAUACCAUGGCCAAGGACAAAAAUAUAGAGAACAUCCUGCUUUCACCAGUUGUGGUGGCUUCUUCUCUUGGUCUAGUGAACCUUGCUGGUAAAGCUAGCACUGCCGCCCAGGCCAAGGCAGUCCUUAGCGUUGACAAGCUGAGUGAUGAGCUUGUUCAUGCUGGCCUGGCUGAGCUCCUCAACGAAGUUAGCAAUUCCACUGCCCGUAAUGUCACCUGGAAAAUUGGAAAUCGUCUCUAUGGCCCAAGCUCCAUCAGCUUCUCUGACGACUUUGUGAAGAACAGCAAAAAGCACUAUAACUACGACCACUCCAAGAUUAAUUUCCGAGACAAGAGAAGUGCCCUUAAGUCUAUCAAUGAGUGGGCCACUCAGACUACCGAUGGCAAGCUCCCUGAGGUGACCAGUGAAAUGCAGAAGACUGAUGGAGCCCUCAUUGUCAACGCCAUGUUCUUCAAGCCUCACUGGGAUGAGAAGUUCCACCACAAGAUGGUUGACAACCGUGGCUUCAUGGUGACUAGCUCUUUCACCGUGGCUGUCCCCAUGAUGCACCGCACAGGUCUGUACAAUUACUAUGAGGAUGAGACUCACAGCCUUCAAAUCCUAGAGAUGCCCUUGGCCCACAAGCUGUCCAGCAUGAUCAUUAUUAUGCCUUACCAUGUGGAGCCCAUGGAGAGAGUGGAGAAACUCCUGACCAGAGAACAGGUCAAAAACUGGCUUGGGAAGAUGCAAAAGAGAGCAGUUGCAGUAUCCCUGCCCAAAGUCAGCCUGGAAGUCAGCCAUGACCUUCAGAAACACCUGGGUGAACUUGGUCUGACCGAAGCCAUUGACAAAACCAAGGCUGACCUUUCCAAAAUCUCCGGCAAGAAGGAUCUCUACCUCGCCAGCCUAUUCCAUGCAGCUGCCCUGGAGUGGGACACCGAAGGAAAUCCUUUCGAUGCUGACAUCUACGCUAAGGAAGUGCUUAGAAACACCAAAACUCUUCUAUGCUGACCACCCCUAUGUCUUCCUGAUCAAGGACAACAAGACGGACUCCAUUCUUUUUAUUGGUAGACUAGUCAGGCCAAAGGGUGACAAGAUGCGAGAUGAAUUAUAG